AUGCUCUACCUGCUCUCCCAUAUCGACUGUGUAGUUGCCAACUCCUCAGUCCAGAGUGGCCCCUUUUCUGUGUUUCCAGUGUACACACCACAUUUACCACCUUGUAUAGAUAAUCCAAUAAUACGGAGAAAUCAACCUGCUUCUUCACCAUCCGAUGAAAGGCUAUCAUUGAUUCCGGCACCAAGCACAUCUUGUCAACGGCCGCUCGCUGCGCGGUUAUUUCACCAUUAUGUCACGUGUGUGAGUACUCUCUUGCAGCCUGUUGGCCACCUCACAAAUUACUACAACAUUGUGUAUACUCCUCAAGCCAUGAUUGGUGCCGGGAAUCUUUUUGGUCCUACAAUUCUAGAGCCCCCAUCUAGUACCCAAUCAAUAUUCUAUUCCUUACUUGCCACUGCAGCUUUCCAUCUCCGCGGGAUCCAAGCGGAGCAGACAUUAAACUCUAGGGAGAUGGAUCGAAUCGGUAGAUUUUGCCGUAUGUUGGCCUACCAGCAUCUCCGGAGGGGCCUGGAAAGCACGGAGGACCUCCAGACUGCCAUGGCGGCGGUUCUGUCAAUGGUUACAAUUGAUGUAAUGGAAGGAAACUUGUUAGAAUAUUGGCACCACCUCAAAGGCUUUCAACAGCUCCGGCUUCUCCAAGGGGCAACUACUUCUAGCAAGUCUAUCCAGACGUAUCUUCAGACCAUCUUUUAUUUUCAAUCAACCCUCUCCCAGAGUACAGACUGCAGCCUGCCUCAGAUCCCUUGGCCGGUCGACACCCGAGGCUCGCUAAUGCACAUACAAGCGCUCACAGCCAUUCCAGACAUUGACAACCACCUUCUCCAGCAAACAUACAGUAUCACCUCCACUCUGGUCAUGUUCAUCCGCCUUAUUACCUGCCUCUCCCAGCAUGUUUCCUACUUUAUCUCUGAACAGUUGUCCCUCCCUAAGAUCUUUUGUGACGCUCUUGCCACACUAGAAAAGAACCUCCACUUAUACGACAUUGGCUGUGAGAAACUAAUAAAUAUGACCCCGAUCCAAAGUACGUUAUUCCGUCUUCAUCUCUUGGCCUUCCAGCAAGCGAUCCACAUCUACUACCUAACCUCGCUGGUCCUGCCACUGGAGACCCAAGAAAGCCAUGGGACCUCUUGCAUUGAACUACGAGUCCAACGCUACGCGCGCCAGGUAGGAAAUUAUCUACUCCGUAUUGAGUUUUUGAAGCGAGAAAGUACAACGCCUUGUGACGGAUUCCAAACCGCCCCAAUUCCGUGGCCCGGGUUUAUUGCCUCGUGCGAAGCGGAUCCUAGUCAGCGUCAACUGUGGACAGAAUGGUGGACGGGGAUGUUAGGAUACCAGAUCGGUAAUAUUCACGUCUUAUUUGAAAUAGUCCAAGAUGUAUGGCGUUCUCGGGAUCAACUUCAGGGAAAGGAAACGGAUAAAAGGGAGUAUGGCGAAGGGAGACUGCCAAUUUGGAAGAGGGUGUUGUCCCGUGGUAAAAAGAGGAUUCUUGCUCUUUAA